AUGGUUCAGAAGCUGCUUCUCAUUUACGUACUACUUAAAUACAGUAUUGGACAAGUUUCCUUAGAUUUUUACCCCGCAGUAAAUCAAGUGACACCUAAAAUAAAGGAUGAAACUAAAAACCUAACUGGAAAGUCAAUAGGCAUAACAACUUAUACGUCGACUACUUUAAAUAAAAUUCUGGGACCGAUAGAACUAUCUUGGUACGCCAGGAGGACAGCUAAUUACAACCGUGCUAUGGACAAUUUCCUGACUCAGCUGAAAGUAGGUAUCGUGAAUGUAGACGCCUCAUUAAACUUCAGGCAGCUGAUGACGAAAUAUAACCGGAAUACUGAAGUGUACGAAGUUUUUACCAAUGAUGGCUACGUGUUAUCGUUGUUCAGAAUCCCUGGUAAUGGAACUCCUAUAUUCCUGAUGCAUGGACUCCUUGGAAGUGCGGACGAUUUUAUUAUAGCCGGUCCCGAAAGCGGGCUAGCUUAUUUAUUAUCAGAAGAAAAUUAUGAUGUUUGGUUAGGAAAUGCUCGCGGGAACAAACAUUCAAGAAGACACAUCUUCAUGGAUCCUUCUGAAGCUCUAUUCUGGGAUUUUAGUUGGCACGAAAUUGGGGUUUAUGAUUUACCAGCAAUGAUAGACUUUGUGCUCGAGAAAACUAAACGGAAGGAAUUGAAGUACGUUGGACAUUCUCAGGGUACGACUGUAUUUUUUGCCAUGACGUCGCAGAAACCUGAAUAUAACAGCAAAGUGUCCAUGAUGAUCGCGUUGGCGCCUUUGGCUUUCUUAAGUCAUGCUCAUUCUCCGGUUGUAAGUCUCCUAGCACCUGGGACAGCAAUCUUACAAACUAUGUCGAGAGGAAUUCGUAUUCUUGAGUUUCAGCCAGACGGCAUUUUAGCAAAUGUGUUGAAACAGAUGGUCUGCGGUUCUGGCACCUUAGCGGAGAUUAUUUGCAGAAACGCUAUUUUCUUGCUAUCUGGUUUUGACUUUGCGCAGUUAAAUGUGAGCAAUUUGCCAGUAAUUUUUUCUCAUUUGCCUGCUGGAGCAUCUAUUAAACAGUUAGUGCAUUACGGGCAGAAUUCGUUGUUCAAUGAAUUUCGGCAGUUUGACCUUGGGAGCGAAGGAAAUUUUCAAAGAUAUGGUAGAAGUACACCCCCAAGUUAUGAUCUCAGUAAUAUAGUGACGCCUGUUUGGAUGUUCUGCGGCCGAUCGGACUGGCUAUCAGCUCGGCAAGAUGUGGAUCUUUUGAGGAGUAAACUAAAGAGAGUAGCAGAAGUAUAUUAUGUGCCAUUUGAAACAUUCAACCACGUUGACUUUAUAUUAGCAAAAGAUGUAAAACCAUUGGUGUACAAGAGAUUACUUAAUAUUUUGCGGACGUAUUAA